AUGACACUGCAGCCGUUCAGUGACGAACAAUUGAAUUUCUUCAAGUUCUCGUCGUUAGUGUUAAAUGAAUUCCCAAAAGCCUUACGGCAGACCUUUAAAACCAUGUGGGACAACACCUAUGGAGGUCGCCCUGGUUUCCACCUCUGGGAUGAUUCAUCUGCUGUGCGAAAUUUGUUUGCCACUGCAGAGGGCGGCAGGACUAAAGUUCCUAUUGGCCAGUCUUACAAUGAAUGGGAUUGCACCAAUCUGUUCCAGGCUACAAUAUUUUCGAGGUCUUUUGCAUUAUCAGCCAGCACAGGAUCCUACUCCACGCUUAGUGAUUUGUACGUGAAACCCCGUGCAAUUCCUCAUGGUAGUUUCCAUGCAUGUGUGCUCAGCCCAGGUGGAAACAAUGCGGAGACCUUUGCACUUGCCAUAGAUCAGCUUCGUCUUCUUAGAAAUUCACUUUGUCACUCAGCAAGUUCUAACAUGAACAAACUCACCUUUGACCAGCGCGUGAAUUACGCCAAAGAUGCGUUUCAAGCCCUUGGUCUCUCAACAGCCCCAAUCGAAGCCGUUGGUAGUUUGACAGAGUCGGACUUUCCUACAAAUGAAGUUCGUGCAUUGGAAACGCGACAACGAGACGAGACUCGAGCGUACAUCAGUUUUCUCGAGGAGGUGAACUCAGAUGUUGGUGAGGUAAAAGCGUUAUUACAGGCAUUAAAAACAGGACAAGAACAGCAGUAUACUGCGAACAAAGAAUUCGUAACUAGGUUGGAGAAGAAGAUGGAUGAGUUGAAAGAAGGACAACGCGAACGUGAUGCUCAAAGUAAAAAUUCAGGUAUAAGUAAAAAAAGAACAUGGAAAACCUAACCGAGAUACAUGUAGAUUGUACUGAGGUGGGCCUUUGAAGUCAUUCAAACCAUCCAGUUAGUUAGAGCGACACUGUAUUAAAUAAUUGACGAUGGGUGUUAGAAUUUUAACAGAAACAAGGAAAACCUGCAAAGCAAGUGUUUCCGGGCGAGUUUCUUUGCUCACGUUCCAACGUUCGCCACAAACUCGCUUGAACACGGUUGCUAAAAAAGGCUAUCUCCUGUAUGACAGGCUUUCGCCCCUUAUUGUCUCCUUAUGACACCACUUUAAAAGUUUGCAAGACUUAAAAAAUGCAAAAAAAAAUAAUAAUUCGACGUCUUGUGUCAUGAAUGUAACAACGCAGGAAAAGAAAAUUAAUCAAAACCAAACUUUUUCGAGGGGCAGGGAUUCCUGAAUCUUCAUUUUUUUGCUUGAAUUGCAGUUUUAAACUCUUUUGAAAGACCGUUAUUUCUGACUUCCACAACGGAUAAAGCCACUUAUUUAUUUACCUAAGCAUGUGUCUCCCGCUUACUUUUUAUUUCCGUUGUUUUUUCCUAUAAAGGUACGAAGCCAUUUUUCUUAAGUGCUGCUCUUCCUUCCGUGGUUCCUAAUUUUACAGGUCGUCAGAGCGAGUGUGAGGAGAUCAUCAGACACGUGACUUCCGAGUCUACCCGACUGGUGUCGAUCUGCGGUUCACCUGGAUUCGGAAAAACGUCUGUCGCGAUUGCAGUGGGACACGCUGUUCAGUCUCAAGGAAUUCCUGUUUAUUGGAUCUCAUUACGAGGACUCCAUUCCAAAGCAGAUCUAACUUCAAAGUUUCUUAGUUUUCUGAGGCAACCCACCACACAUACCAAACUGCCCGAUCAGCGUUUAUCCAUUAAUGAUGAGAUUUGCCUACUAUUCAGUGAAAUUUCAAAGCCAUCUGUAGUUAUUCUUGACAAUGCAGAUGAUUUGCUUGAAACUGGUUGCCCGAAAUUAAAAGAAGAGACCAUACAACUUUUUGGGGAAAUUCUUAGGCGAAAUCAAAAGGUUACAUUUGUUAUAACCGCAAGAGAGUCUCUUGACUAUAUGGACCUUAAUUUUCAAGGCCAUUGGGAGUUAAGAAUAAAACCACUGGAUGACGCCUCUGCUCAAACUCUGGUUUCUGAAUUACUUCCAAAUGCAGGCGUUGCAGACUCCACUCAAAUCGCGCACAUCUGUGGACAAGUCCCUCUAGCCGUGAGAUUAAUGUGUUCUUUAGUAUCUGAAGAAGACAGUGCUCAACCGCGCCAUUUUCUAGAUGUUUUCAUGACGUCUUCGACAGCAGGUCUCGUUGGAAUUUUGGACAAUCCAGAUUACCCAGCUAGUCACCGAUUACAGUUCUUGUUUGACUCCUCUUUCCAGAGACUAACUGCGCAUGAACAAGAAGCACUUGUAUCUUUGAGCAUUCUUCCCGACAACUUUAGCACAGAGAUGGCGGCAGCUGUUUUAGGUAAGACGGAGCAUAUCGAAUCGACGAAGAUAUUACAAAGCUUUCGGAGGAAAUCGCUGAUCGAUUCAAGCUCUAAACCGGGGGCAUUCACAAUGCACAAGCUUCUCCAAUUGUUUGCAAUAGAAAAGGGAGAACAAGAGAUGAAAGAGACGAUUGUCGAUUCUCAGGGUCGUUUAAAAGCGUUCUACAUUUCACUAUUUGAGAAGCUAAAUCAACAAUUUCUUACGGGGCAUUCAAUGGCCGCAUAUAUUGCAUUCUACGAAGAUAAGGAAAGCAUUAUUCAAAGUCUUGUGGAGGGCUGUUCAGAUUUCAAAACAGCUGACAGUGUUUUCGAUAUUUUGGUAAGAGGGGAGAUGUUUCUUGAUUCACUCUUCUGGAGUCCGAGUGAAGGUAAAAACUUUGAUUACGUAUACGAUGCAGCCAUAAAAGGAGCCAGUGAACAUAAGAAGGAAGAAUAUCUCAGUCAACUCCUUAUCUCCCGAGCUUUCAAGGAGCUAGCGUACGGAACAGGAGGAAAGACAAAAUAUUUUCUUUCUAAAGUGAAUGAAAUUCAAGACGCAUCCCCCAAUGUCCCUUUACACGAAAGAGGCAAGUACUUGUGCUACUUGGGAAUCAGUUACCUUUUUAUAGCGGAAACAAAGAUCGGAGUCGAGUGCUUAAAAGAGGCUCUGUCAUCACUUGACAAUUGCAAAAACCCAGAGCAAACAAUUCUUAAGCUUCUUAUUUUUCAGAUACUUACCGUUUAUUAUCGGUCCCUGAAUGACUUCUCUAACGCAAGAAAGUUUUAUGACAAGGCACUACACGAAUGCAGUGGAGUUGGGGAUUUGGAUCUACUUGUCAUCUCAUCGAUGAUAAGGGAAACAAAGGAAACUACCAAUAAAAUUCAUUUUCAUAGCGACUCGGAAGUCUGUCGAAAUCAACCGCUUAAAUGCGAAAUUGCCUUUCUAUUAAGCGAAGCAACCAAGCCCUUUUCUGAUUCUGACACCAACCAAUAUACAAGCAGCCUGGUUCUCCAGAUACUACAAAGUGUUGAAAGAGAAGUUAAAAUUUCAGUUGGUUUGCUUAGUUUCCAAAGAAUUGUGACGCACAUUUUGUGGCUUUUAAGUUCUGAAGACCCUGUAAAACUAUACAUCUCAAGAAUCAAUUACCACCAAACACUACUGAAAAAAUGCAAAAACAGUUCAUGUGGGCUGAAAGAAGAAUCAAGCGGCUUUACCCAUAUACAAAAUGAGGCACUUGCCAAGUGCUACGAAGACCUGGCUGAAGUUUACAAGAAAAAACUGAACUACCCAGAAGCUCUACAAGCACUCCAGGAAGCCCUUUUGGUAAGAAUAACGCAUUUUGGAGAGCAACAUGAAAGCACUGCUCACAGCUACACUUCACUCGGGGUCACACAACACGCAAUGCAUGACUACAAAGCGGCUCUUCAGUCUCACCACCGAGCAUUAGCUAUACGCAUAAAACUGUUUGGAGAAGAACAUGAAAGCACUGCUGACAGCUGCAUAGGACUCGGUACAACACAACACGAACUGCAUGACUACAAAGAAGCUCUUCAGUCUCACCAGCGUGCAUUAGCUAUACGCUUUAAUCUGUUUGGAGAAGAACAUGAAAGCACUGCUGACAGCUACAGCAAACUCGGUGUAACACAACACGCAAUGCAUGACUACAAAGCAGCUCUUCAGUCUCACCAGUGUGCAUUAGCUAUACGUAUUAAACUGUUUGGAGAAGAACAUGAAAGUACUGCUGACGGCUACAGCAAACUCGGUGUAACACAACACGAAAUGCAUGACUACAAAGCAGCUCUUCAGUCUCACCAGUGUGCAUUAGCUAUACGCAUUAAACUGUUUGGAAAAGAACAUGAAAGCACUGCUGACAGCUACAAGGGACUCGGUACCACACAACACGAAAUGCGUGACUACAAAGCAGCUCUUCAGUCUGACCAGCGUGCAUUAGCUAUACGCAUUAAACUGUUUGGAGAAGAACAUGAAAGCACUGCUGACAGCUACAGGGCACUAGGUGUAACACAACACGCAAUGCAUGACUACCAAGCAGCUCUUCAGUCCCACCAGCGUGCAUUAGCUAUACGCAUUAAACUGUUUGGAGAAGAACAUGAAAGCACUGCUGACAGCCACAGCGAACUCGGUGUAACACAACACGAAAUGCACGACUACAAAGCAGCUCUUCAGUCUCACCAGUGUGCAUUAGCUAUACGCAUUAAACUGUUUGGAGAAGAACAUGAAAGCACUGUUGACAGCUACAGGAAACUAGCUGUAACACAACACGCAAUGCAUGACUACAAAGCAGCUCUUCAGUCUAAACAGCGUGCAUUAACUCUACGCAUUAAACUGUUUGGAGAAGAACAUGAAAGCACUGCUGACACCUACAGGACACUAGGUGUAACGCAACACGCAAUGCAUGACUACAGAGCAGCUCUUCAGUCUAAACAGCGUGCAUUAACUAUACGCAUUAAACUGUUUGGAGAACAACAUGAAAGCACUGCUGACACCUACAGGACACUAGGUGUAACACAACACGCAAUACAUGACUAUAAAGCAGCACUUAAGUCUCACCACCGUGCAUUCGCUAUACGCAUUGAACUGUUUGGAGAAGAACAUGAAAGCACUGCUGACAUCUACAGGACCCUAGGUGUAACACAACACGCAAUGCAUGACUACAAAGCAGCUCUUCACUCUAAACAGCGUACAUUAGCUAUACGCAUUAAACUGUUCGGAGAAGAACAUGAAAGCACUGCUGACAGCUACAGGACACUAGGUGUAACACAACACGCAAUGCAUGACUACAAAGCAGCUCUUCAGUCUCACCACCGUGCAUUAGCUAUACGCAUUAAACUGUUUGGAGAAGAACAUGAAAACACUGCUGACAGCUACAGGUCACUAGGUGUAGCACAACACGAACUGCAUGACUACGAAGCAGCUCUUAAGUCUAAACAGCGUGCAUUAGCUAUACGCAUUAAACUGUUUGGAGAAGAACAUGAAAACACUGCUGACAGCUACAGGUCACUAGGUGUUACACAACACGCAAUGCAUGACUACAAAGCAGCUCUUCAGUCUAGACAGCGUGCAUUAGAGAUACGCAUUGAACUGUUUGGAGAAGAACAUGAAAUUACUGCUGACACCUGCGUGGAACUCGGUGUAACACAACACGAAAUGCAUGACUACAAAGCAGCUCUUCAGUCUCACCAGCGUGCAUUAGCUAUACGCAUUAAACUUUUUGGAGAAGAACAUGAAAGCACUGCUGACAGCUACAGGACACUAGGUGUAACACAACAAGCAAUGCAUGACUACAAAGCAGCUCUUCAGUCUCACCAGCGUGCAUUAGCUAUAAGCAUUAAACUGUUUGGAGAGGAACAUGAAAGCACCGCUGACAGCUACACGACACUAGGUGUAACACAACACGCAAUGCAUGACUACAAAGCAGCUGUUCAGUCUAGACAGCGUGCAUCAGCUAUACGCAAAAAACUGUUUGGAGAUAGAAGAACAUGA